UAUAUCUUGGGAGGUGGGUGGCCGCUGUGCGCAUGCGCAUGAAGCUCGCCGCGGCAAGAUGGCGGACGGGUUGACGGGCGAUGAGGAGCAGGCCACCAAGCAGUUCCUGGAGGAGGUGAACCGCUGGCGUGAGCAGAACGGCGCUGCCCCCGUGUGCUGGGCCACAGCCGUCAAGUUCCUGGCCGCUCGCAAGUUUCACACGCAGCGUGCCAUCGAGCUCUUCCACGCCUACCGGCUGACACGAAUCCGGGAGGGCAUCUAUGGGUUGCGGCCUGACGAAGAGCCCCUCCGCUCGGAGCUCUCCUCCGGAAAGUUCACAAUCCUGAGUGGCCGGGACCCUGGGGGGGCGGCGCUGGCACUCUUCACGGCGAGGCUGCACGAGCCGGCGCGCGCGGCGCACACCGUCGUGCUGCAGGCCGUACUGUACCAGCUCGACCGCGCCGUGGAGAGCCGUGACACCCAGAGGAACGGCCUGGUGUUUGUGUAUGACAUGACGGACUCCACCUACCGCAACUUUGACUAUGAGCUCUGCGUCAAGAUGCUUAACCUACUCAAGGGUGCGUUUCCCGCGCGGCUGAAGCGCGUGCUCAUCGUGUCAUCUCCCAUCUGGUUCCGUGCUCCCUUCACCGUCCUGCGUCUCUUCGUGCGGGAAAAGCUUCGCGACCGGGUGUGCACCGUGCGCCUGUCGGAGCUGCAAGCAUUUGUUCCCUGCGCAUCGCUGCCAUCCCAGCUGGGGGGCUCGCUCCCACUUGACCACACUGGGUGGCUGCAGGCCUGUGCCUCGUCCAACUCUGUGUCCACCACUGGCUACACCAGCAUGGACGACCUCCUCUUUCUGCCAUCCGUCUCUAACAACGCUCCGCUCAGCCCCUGCAACAACCAGCGCCAGCCCAACGGUGCGCAGCCGGGUAGCGGUGGCGGUGGUGGCGGCACCGGCAACAACAACGCGGAUGGGGAGGAAGGCUGGCUGCAUGGUGGCAUUGGUCCAGGCCGCACCCUGGAGGAGCUGGUGUACCACCUGAAGGCCGUGAGGAAGCGCGGCAUCUACAGCGAGUACGAGGAGAUUGCGCGUCAGCCGCCCACCGGGACCUUCCACUGCUCAAAGCUGCCGUACAACUUUGGCAAGAACCGCUAUACAGACGUCCUGUGCCUUGACCAGUCGCGCGUCAAGUUGGGCUCCUCUGGGAAUGACGAGAAGAUGGACUACAUCAACGCCAGCUUCAUGGAUGGUUACAAGCAGCACAACGCGUACAUCGCCACGCAGGGCCCCAUCCCGCAGACCUUUGUUGAUUUCUGGAGGAUGGUGUGGGAGCAGAGAGUGCAGGUGAUCGUCAUGACCACGCGGGUGGUGGAGAGGGGCCGGGUGAAGUGUGGCCAGUACUGGCCUCUGGACGCUACAAGCAGCUGCACGUUCGGCCCUUUCACGGUCACCAGCCUGCAUCUGGAAAAGUUCCAGGACUACAAUCUGACCACACUUGAAGUCCACAACAUGCAGACGGGAGAGACCCGCGAGGUCGCGCACUACCAAUACAUGAGCUGGCCGGACUUCGGGGUUCCGCGCUCGGCGCUCGGCAUGCUUGACUUCCUGGCGCACGUGUCGCGGCACCAGGCGGCAGCGACGCAGGCACUGGGGGGUGAAUGGCGCGGGCACCCGGGGGGGCCACCCGUGGUCGUGCACUGCAGCGCCGGCAUUGGCCGCACUGGAACGUUCUGCACGCUGGACAUCUGCCUGGCAAGGUUGCGUGAGGUGGGCACAGUGGACGUGGCGGGUGCGGUGCGGCGCAUGCGCAGCCAGCGUGCCUUCUCCAUCCAGACGGCCGACCAGUAUUACUUCUGCCACACGGCACUCAUUGAGCACGCGCAGCGCGCCGGCCUGCUGCCCGCGCACGUAGAGUGGUCUCCCAGCGACAUCGACUCCGACAGUGACUAACCAGGAGGCCGGCCGCACCAACCAGACUCGCUCGGCGAAUGGACACGCACGCACGGCCCGGUGCGGCGCCGCGGCCUCCAUGUGAUGGGAGGCAGCGCCGCCGCAGACGCAGGCCCCGCCGCUCGGGCGAGCACAGCCCACAUCGUCUGCAUUGUGUCUCGUGUAUAAACUCAACAAAACCUGGGUCACACGUAUACUUUUGCCUUUUUAUUACGUGCCUUUGAAUCCUUUAACGCAGUUUUGCAAUCGUACUGAUGGGCGGAGGUUGGUUCCUGUUAUAUUUCCCAGUAUGUAAAUACUGUGUACGAUAUAUGUGUGUAUACAUAUGUGUUGUGUGUGUGUAUAUAUACAUAUGUGUACGGUAUAUGUGGUUGGACUGUGAUCAUGUGAGUGUUCUGAAUGCAAAGAGUUAAUGCAUUGUACUCGGGGAUGGGGUAGGUCAAAACUGGGGACAGUGUGGGUUGGCGGAGGGAAGAAGUAGCGUGUGAAAGUGACUAUGGACAAUACUUGUGCGUCUCUGCUCCCAGGGAUCCUACACGCGUCUGUGUGACUGUCGUGAUUCGGGGUCGGUCCCUACAGAACGGGGCAAGUCUGUGGGGUCUGUUUGCUCUUCGUAUCGUCCAGUGGGGAAGUUGGUAGUGGCCGUACGAAGAGAAGGGCCACGGCCGGCACCGACCCGUGACGACAUUGUGUUGCCAAUCGGUAGAGGCUGCGUGUUUUGUAACCGGGCGGCAUGUGUUUGUGAGCAUGGGUUUGUGCCGGAGACGGCGCCUGUUCUCGCUGGGCCUCGUCGCUUGACGGAGUCCAGGGUGCCCGCUCGUUUGUCUGCUGGCUGCUCAAGAAGGGAGUGGUGUUGAGACAAGCGUGAAGGCCUUUUUUACAGUAACUAAUUUCUUUUGUAUUUUCGUCGUGUACUCAAUAGACGUCUGUGCAUUUACAUAUUUAGAAAAUGUAAUCUCUAUACUGUUGCGUACUAUGGUAGUCGCUGAAGGUACCUUAACAGGAAGAAAUCCGGUAAUUGGUAAAGAUUGUUCACAACAAGACUUUAGUUGUAAGCCUUUUAUUUAUUGCUACUUAUAAUAAUAAAACGUAUACUCUGGCA